AUGCAGUCCAUCCUAUCAGCUCACGAAAUCGGCGAAGGAAUCCCCAUAAUAAUCAUUCACGGAUGGGAAAUGCAAGGGAAAGCCGAAGAACCAGACUUCGAGCCAAUUUUCAGCACAAUACCAGGCCACCGACGAAUCUACGUCGACCUUCCAGGCAUGGGCAUAACGCCCGCAAAUAAUGUCAAAGAUCUAGAUGACAUGUACAACCGCCUAUCGCAAUUCAUCGACGCCCGACUUGGAAGUUCGAGAUUUCUACUCAUCGGCUCGUCAUGCGGCGGCUACCUCGCGCGCGCGAUAGCCCAAAAGUACGCCGGCCAAGUGGAUGGUUUACUAUUGCGCGUACCACUCAUCGAACCAAAAGACAGUAUGCGUGAUCUUGAUCCUUUCAAACCAUUGGUUGAAAACGAGACUCUCAUGUCGAAUGUAUCAGCUGAAGACAAGGCUCUUCUUGGAGACAUUCUCGUUCAAACACCGCCCUAUAUUCAAGCUUUGAAAGCGAAGUACGAGGAUGUUUACCUUCCGGCGGGGAAUGCAGCGGAUAGUGAGGCGUUGGACCCCAUCCGCGCUGAUCCAGAUCGAUACCGAUUAUCUUCUGCACUACUGGAUGAAAGUGCUAGGUUCUUUGCACCUACGCUUAUCGUGUGUGGCCGACAGGACCAGAGUGUAGGCUAUCGUGAUAGCCUUCGGCUGCUGGAGCUCUAUCCACGAUCAAGCUAUGUUGUUCUUGAUCGGAGUACGCAUGGUCUUCCUGUUGAUGACUCGGAGAGGAGUGUUUUUGGGGUCCUUGUUCGUGAUUGGAUAAAUCGGGUUGAUGAAUGGCGAAAUCGUCUUGAUGUGUAA